AUGAGUUUCUCACCGAUCAAAUAUGAAUCUAAAAUAUUAAGCAACCUAGCUAGCAUGUUAAAACUUAGGGAAAAAAGCGACAAAGAAAUAUUAAGUGAAAUAAAAGAAGAAAAAGUAAAUAUUCGAUUUGAAAUUGAUGAAGAUAUUAAAAAGGUAAUUGACAUUAAUAAAAUUAAUUGUACAUGUAAUGAAUCAAAAAAAAAAAUGGAGGAAUAUAAUGGGAAAAAGUUCGAGUACUACUACAAUGUAGAAACAUAUGGUGUAGACUUUUUUUUAGACAUAUGCAAUGCUUUAGGCAGAUCAAACUAUAAACCUUUUUUAACUGAAGAAGGAAAAAAUGAAAUUAUUAAUGGAUUAAGAGUUAGAAGGAGUUCAAAUUUAUAUAAGUUUGUUUCUUUCUUUUUAAGUAAGGAACGAUUAAAUAAAGAUAGAUUAAACGAUGGAAAAACACCUGAAAAUAUUUUCCACUGUUUUAAAUGCUUAAAGAGUGUAUUACACAUAUAUGCAGAUAGUCAGAAUAGUUCUAAAGCUAAGAUGUUUUUAGGUGAUACUUACAUUAAUAAUAAUAGUAAUAGAAACAAUAGUAGUAGCAAUAACAACAGUAACAACAAUAAUUGUAACAGUGGUAACAGUAACAACAAUAACAACAGUAACAGUAGUAACAAUAGUAACAAUAAUAAUGAUAGUAGUGAUAUUUAUAGUAAUAAGUACAUUACUGAAGAAAUGGAAGAUCAUAUAGAAAAUGAUAAUCUAAGUGAAAAAGAUAAUUUUGAAAAGAGAAAAAAAAAUCAUAGGGAUGGAAUUAUAGUUGUAAGCAAGUACAAAUCAGAAUUAACCUCUAUAAGUAGAAAAUCAAAUGAAAAAAUUAUGAAAACAAUAUUUGAGCAUACUAAAGAUAUGAACAAUGAUAAACGUAGUAAUGUCUUUCAAAAAAUUUAUCCCUUUAAAAAGAGUAAUACAUUUGAAAAAGUUAAUAAAUAUAGUAAAUCACGUAUUUAUGAUAAUGAUAAAUUAAAAUAUAAUAGUCAAAGUUUUCAAACCCUUAAAAAUGAGAACAAAGAUAUAAGUACAUAUAAAAAUAUAAAUAAAAAAAAAUAUUUUAGUACGCAAAAUAAAUCUUUGACAAGAAAUUCUUAUGGAAAGAAUUAUAAUUCCGACUCGUAUAAUAAAAAUAAGGAGACAAAAAAACGUAGUUCUCAAAAAAGUAAAAAUAGUAGAAAUAGCUUCCAUUCAUUGUCCAAUAAAAACGUAAGUGCAACAAAAAAAAAAGAGGCAAAUGAUACCAUAUACUGCACAGAUACCGAUGUAGCAGCAAAUGUGGACCUAAAUCGGGAAGGUAAUUCUAAUGAAAAACAUGGGAAAGAAGUUGAAAAGGGCCAUAUGAAAAGGACCACAUGGUCAUGUAUGCCCAAGGGGGAGGAAACGGAUGGUACGUCCCAUGAGAACUGUGCUAACGCAAUUUGUUCAGAAUUGAAAAACGUUACUAUUUCAGAGGAAAGGGAAAGAAAUGAAGCAAUGGAAUAUAUUGGACCUGGGAACAAAUUGGAAAAAGUAGAAAACAUGAAUCAUUCUGAUAAUAUAAAACAUAUGAACGGUUCAGAAAUUUUAAAACGCGCUAGUGCAUCGGAAGAAAUGAGCAAAGACGAUGGAAUAACCGGAGAAUUGGAUGACAAAGAUUGUGUGUUAGAUGAAGUAAUAACUGGUCUUAAUAAAUAUGAAAUAAACGAGAAAAAAGAAUCUGUAAAAAAAUCGUCUAAUGAAGAAGAAUCUUAUUAUAAUCCAAGUGAUAAUGAAUCAUAUUCAACGGAUGAUUCAAAUUAUAAAAAAUAUUUAAGGAAGAAGAAGAAAUUACAGGAUCAAGGAAAAAUUGUUAUCGAUUUAAAUAUUAUGCGUGGGAAUUCCAUAAAGUCUGUGAAUAAGAGAGAUAAAGAUGAAAGACAUGAAGAAAAAAUGCAAGAAACAUUAAGAAUGAAACAAGUUAACAAAAUACUAGAACAAAAGAAAAUGAUUUUUUGUAAAAUAGAAGAUAUUGCAAAAAAGAGAAAUAAAAGGUAUGUAAAGACUCAAGUGUUGUCAGAGGAUUCAAAAAUUGAAAGAGUUUAUUUUAGUCACAAAAUAAAGAAAUUUUAUAAUUCCAAAUCGGGAUAUUUUGGUUGUGGUUGGUCAAAUAAUAGAACGGAAUGGACACCAUUUAUUCAUGCCCCAUUUUUUGAUAACCAACACAAUGCAAUAUAUAAAAAUAGGAAUAAGAAGUUAUAUGAGGAAAUAUACGAUACAUUAUUACAUGGUAGAAUACAUCCAUAUAUAAAAAUAGUGGAGUUAAAAGAUCAUAAACAUCCAGUACGAUUAUGUACUCCAUAUACUGAAGACUGUUAUUCUAUUCUUUAUACAGGUAAAAAGAUAAGCUCAACAGAUGAUCGAGUAAUUUUUGGUGAGUACACAGGUUUUGUUGCGAAUAAUAGAGAGUUAUCCCAGGAAAAGCACCAAUAUAUGUUUGCUCUAACGUUCAAUAAGAAGGUAUUUAAUGAUAAGAAGAAUGUAGUUUUUAUUAAUGAAAUAGAAUCGGAUGAGGAGGAAGGCUGCAGCGAAAACGUACCGUGUACUGUGAGCGACAGCAGCGAUCAUAACAGUAACAUUAACAGUAGUAACAGCACUGUUGAUAACAGUAACAAUAACUUCAACCAUAAUAGUAGUGGUAACAAUGACAAUAACAGCAAUAGGCAUAGUGGUAAUUACUUAAGAAAUAAUUUCGAAAGAAUCGAGGGGUGUGGGAACGAUCGACAGAGUGUUGUAAAUGAGGAUAAAGAGUGCGAUGAGGAAAUAACUAAUAAUAUAAGAAAGAAUGAAAAAGAAAAAAUCUAUUCCAAUUUGAUGAACAUACAAAAUAAUAAUCUCACAGAUAAAGCGAACAAGGGAAAGAAGUCCAAAACAUCAUGUUUCAAUAAAAAAGCGAAGGGAUUAAACAAUUUGGUUAUACUUCCAGAUAAUUAUACAUAUGCUGUUGAUUCGUCAUAUAUGUUUAAUGAAAUGUCUUUAGUGAAUCAUUAUAAAACAUGUUCAAUUUUUAAUAACUAUGAUUUCAGAAUAAAUGCCGAAUGGCAAUUAGUAUACCUUGAUGGAUGGCCUCACAUCAUUUUAACGUCCAUUCCAGGUGUAGAAAUAAACACAGGGGAAGAAAUAUUCGCUGACUUUGGAUUUGAGUGGUUUGAAAAAGUUAAUGAUAUAUGUUUAAACAGUUUUAUUAAAAAUUGUUAUGAGCAUAGAUUAAUUAAAUUAAAUUUGUGCAAAGAGAAAUAUUUUAAUGGUAUAGAUGAUAUUGUAGAAAAAUAUAAUUUAUUAAAAACUCAUACUACAUGUAAUUUAUGUAUGCAUAAUGUGAAUACGGAUUGUGGUAAUUUUAUUUACUGUUCAGGAUGUAAUCAUGUAUAUCACUUAAAAUGUGUUCAUAAAUUAUAUACAGAAGUUAAUGAAAAUUAUGACUGGUUUUGCUCUAGUUGUGUUCAGCUCUGUAUGAAUAUAAUUAAUCAAAAAGAAUUUCUACAACAUAUUGAAAAAGAAAAUCACAAGAAGUUGAUUGAUUUUUUUAAUGAUAUAUCAUCGGUGGAUAAUUCAAAAAAAAAUGCAAAUGAUUUAUUAGCUAGUCAGAAUAAUAGUCAACCUAGUACCUUGAUCGAACAUGAAAAUGGAAACAACAAUAGUAAUGAAAGGAACGACAAUAAUGAAAAGAUUGACAACAAUGGAAAUAACAGAAGUAAUGAUGAAAAUUGUUCAACAGGUUUCGAAAAAAUAAGAAGAUUACUGCAAUGUAAGGAAAACAUAGAUCACUUAAUAAAAAACAGAGAAUUACUAAAUGAGUUUUUACAAAAAAAAGAAAAUGAAGUUAACUUAUUAGAUACUAAAGAAUAUGGAGAUUUUAAUUUUAAAGAUGAACAAAUUAAUUAUCUAUUGAAAGAUAGUUAUGAACUUCAUUUACUUGUUGAAUAUAAAAAAAAAAUUGAGGAUUUGUUAGUAAGCAGGGAGAGGGUUGAUACCUUUCUCAAUAACGAAGGUGUCAAACGUACAAUGAAAAUAAGGAAAAAAACGAUUAAUUAUUUAUUGAAAAGUAAAAAAUUUAUUGAAAACAUUGUCACAAAAUUAGGAGAAGAAGAGUUUUUCCGUCCCCCUGCUGCUUCUAUAUCUGCCUUAGCUGCUGAUACAGCUUCUACUUUUGCCGCCUCUAUCGGUUCAUCUACUGUUCAGCAGAAAACACAAGGUGAUAGUUUCGUAAAAAUAGAAGAAAAGCAACAAGAGUUAGUGGAUGAUAAAAAAUACAGUGAUAAGUUAUCGAACGAUUCAAGUUAUAAUAUACAGAUAGAUAAGAAUAAGGUUAAUAUGAUGGGUGAAACUAAUGAUGUUUGUGUUAACCUAGGUAAAAGGAUAUCGGAUGAAAUAAAUUAUAAUAGUAUGUCAAGUACAUACGAACAAGUAUUGUAUAGUAAGUCAAAUAUGAUAGUUAAAAAUUUGAAGGAUAUAAAAAAAAACGAAAAGAAUAAUAGGGGGAAUAAUGGUAAUAUCAGUAACCUAUGUUGCAACUAUAUGAUGAAGUUAAGUAAAAAAUUUUUUGGAUUUUCUUUAAUAAAAGAUUUUGAAAAGGGCUUAAGCACAAAUCAACCUUCCUUACCCUUAAAUGACCAUUUAAAAAAGUUAUCUGUAUGUUCUAAUUGUUACAAAAAACAUCAUGAUUUAUCUAAGGCAAUUAUUUGUAGAGUUACGAAAAUGCAUUUCGAGGCAAAUUACAACGAUGGACUGAGUGAAGAGGAUUUGUUUAAAACUUCUAGCGAAUGCAUACAAUUAGUUAUAAGAGAAUUAGCAAAUACCAUCAAAGAAUAUAGAAAAAAAGAAUUAAAUGGAGCAUAUAUUCAACACAUGAUUACAAGUGGUGGAGAUACAUUCAAGGAUAAGGGCAAUAAUGAAAACAACAUAGCAAUAAAAUUUAAUAAUUCUGUUACACCUAAUAAAGUAAGUAGUAGUAGUGCCUUUUCUAACAAAAACCACAUGGAGGAAGAGAAGCCAUUUUACGAAGUUAUUAUUACCGCAUUAAGUGAUGAUAAGAAUGAAAAAGAUAACAAUAUUAUAACUGGGAAUACUCCUCCCUUAAAUGAUGAUAGAAUGAAUUAUACAGGCUAUUAUACUGAUAAGAAAGAGGAAUCCAGUUUAUUAUUUCAUAAACGCAUACGUGAUAAUUAUGAUUACAGUAAAGAACGGUGUAACAAUUUGAGUCAAUUUAGGAUUAACCAGCAUCGAAACAGUAUGAUAAAUAGAAAAUCAACUAAUAAAGAUCAGGAAUGUAGUGUAAACGAAACGCACGAUGUUUAUAGAGAUGAAAAUACGACCAUGCCCAACCGGCAUACCGAUAGUAACUCUGCAGAUAAUAAAAAUACGAAUAGUGAAUAUUAUGAAAAUGAGAACGGAAAAAAUAAGGAGAACGAGAAUGACAAAAAUAACGAGGGCGACAACGAUAAUGAGAAGGAUAACGAUAACAAUAACAAUGACAAUAAUGACUAUAACGAGAAGAAUAACAAUAAUGAGGAGAACGAAAAUGAGAAUGAAAACCUAGGGACUACUAACGAAAUAUGGAACAGUGAAAAAAAGAACUUCGACUAUUUUCAUAACAGGUAUAAAAUAAGCAAUUUUAUUCCCCUUUUUGGAGUUGAACUGGGGAAAACAAAAUUUCAAAGAGAAUUUACUAAUGGUACCUUUGUAGGAACUGUUACAGAACAAAUAAAGGAUGAGCAUGAUAAUAAUUUUUUCGUUGUUACAUAUGAAGAUGGUGAUGUUGAAUGGAUUACCCCUUCCUUCUUAUUUCAAGAACUUUUAAAACAGUCAACAAAUAAUUUGGAAUACCCUUUAGCUAGUAACUUCAAAGAGCUGUUCAACCCCUAUUUUAAAAAAGAUAUUAAGUUAAAUAAUUGCUCCUUAGAAUUAAAAAUUGAAAAAAGAAAAAGAAAAAGUAAUUGCGAAUAUAAUAGUAAUAAUAACAGUGUUAAUAAAAGACAGAAACAUGCACAGGAAGAGAGUUCUUUAAAAAAAAAAAAACAAAAGUUCUAA